ACUUACCUCUUAACCCAUCAUCGUGGUUGCAAAUCCUGCAACCACCAUCUUGAUAUUCUGGCUUUCCUCAACCGCAUGGCAGGCAUAGACACUCGUCAGCUACCAUUCAACAAUCUCAGCGCCGACGGCCUUGUUCUCGUUGUUGGCCCUGUUAGCGCUCUCCGCACUAAUCGUGAAUCUCGACUGUCAACAACUUAAACAGCCUUGAACAAGAGCAAAGACAAGAUGACGAAGCAAUGGGAAGACCACAGACAUAUCAUCAUCCGGGAGUACAAGGACAACAACAAGCCUCUUCAUGAGGUAAAGAAGUUCAUGGAGGAACGGUAUCGGUUUAGAGCUUCAAUCCGGGCAUACAGGUCGCGCUUCGAUCGAUGGAGGGUUCGCAAGUAUACGAGUCGCAAGCGAAGAGAUUCUUUCGCAGCCAAAUCCGAUAAAUCUGUGUUGUCCGAGUCAUCAGAUGAUGGUACCGUCUCGCCACCCCCAUCAUCAAGUCCCAUCCAUAGACGAGGGAGCAGCAGCCGACAAGGACACCCGUCGAUCCAUUACAUCGGUUCGGGCAUGUACGAAUCGACGACUCUAACGGAAGUUUCCUUGAGCCCCUCGGGCCAUCCGAACUUUGAACCACUCCGGCAAUUGUAUCCUACAGACCCCCUCGCGGGACUGCUGCCUGGGUCGGGCCUGCAUUCGAGCCAGAGAGGACUUGUGAACAAUUUUCGGUACCCGCCUGACCAUCAAGGGCAUUAUGACACUGGCAUUUACCGGCAAGUUCACGACCCAGUGUUCCAUACCAAGUUUACCGAGGGCUGUUCUCAACUGCUUCCCCAUCAUUGCUUCGCCGACAGGGUACUAGCAACCCGCUUUCCGCGGCCCAUACGAUAACUUAGCGGACAUUAUGGCCCGUCAACCGUUAUCGAACCCUGCAUGAGUUGAAACGGACAUAACCCACUGGAGAAGUGGUGUUCACUGUUUAGCCUUCAACAGUCGAGAGGCCGGCCAACCCAUUUUUUGCUAGCAGAAAGCAUAUCCAGCUUUACUUGGUGUAACCUGGUACUCGAAUUUCGCAGCACAAUUUUUUUUUUUUCUCCUCCGGUACAGCGGGCAGUGUAUCCUUAGAAGCACGACAGGGGUACUGUGGACAUACAAAU